UACUUCUGUAUACAUUGUGGAGUGGUUAAAACAGGCUAAUCAACAUACUCAUAACCUCACAUACUUAAUCACUUUUUUGUGUUAAGAACUGAAGUAGCCCCUUGACAGUAGGGACUCCAUUUUAGAGUCCUUGAGACUCCAACACCCCCCCUCACCGUGAGACUCUGAACUGAAACUAUGGUUUCAAAUAGUCAAACAAUAGCAGUACACUAUAUCACCCUUGGCAGAGCACAAAAACCCCCUAGCAUGAUUGCUCAAGCUUACAAGCACAAAAAGUUGCCCCUGGGUUACCUGGGUUCAUAAUGAAGAUGUGAUUUGUCUGUGUCUUACCUUAAUGUCAAGUCCUAAUUGCUAAUUGUAUGAUUGUAACUAGUAUUGUCAAGAUUAUGAUAAAUAUUAAUUUCACUUAGGUUUUGAGUUAUGUUGACCCCAGUAACCAUGUACUCUUUUGAUUCUCCCUUGGUCUUAACAAUUGUGCAUAGCAACCAUGUAUUCCCCCCCUUCCCGGUUUUGCGGUUUUUGCCUUUAUAAACCCUAACCUUUGGUUAUUCGGGGCUGCUCUGUUCAUGUAUGAUCAGACAGCCCCAGCAUGCUGGAUAAUCAAUAAAACUUCCCCGUGCUGUUUGCAUAAGAGACGUGUCUCUUGGUGACGUUUUUCGGGUGGUCGACUCUCACAUUUGGAGGCCCCAGCGAGAUCGCGGCUGCCCGUGGACGCCUCCAACGGACGUCUCUUGGGGUAAGUAAAAAGGCGCCUAAGGUAGGGACUCAGUAUAUGCGCGCUUCAGGUUUCAGUUCUUCGGGUUACAGGCCUGUUUCGGUUUCAGUUUUGGGUUGGCACGGUACGCACUGUGGCUGGCAGACGUGCCUGGAAGCCCCAGGCUACCACCUUGGGGGACGCCCCGAGAGGACCGGGAGACUGAGGACGCUCAGCGAAACUCCCAUCAGAAAUUCCCCUAGGCGGGAGUUUUGUGCCAACAGCGGUUACAUUUUAGGUUUCAGUUUUUUUCUUUGGAGAAUUGCUUUUCUGUCUGUAACAUGGGUCAAACUGUGUCCACGCCGCUAUCUCUUACUCUGGCUCACUGGCCUGAUGUCCGGGCUAGGGGAUCUAAUCUCUCUCUUUUGAUUAAGAAGGCUAAGUGGCAGACCUUCUGUGCCUCUGAGUGGCCGGCCCUCGGAGUGGAUUGGCCCCCCGAGGGCUCUUUCCACUUACCACUCAUUCAACGAGUGAAAGAGGCAGUCUUCCAACCUGGAAAGUAUGGACAUCCUGACCAGCAGCCAUAUAUACUGGUAUGGCAAGAGCUGUGCGAAAAUCCGCCUGACUGGGUAAAGUCUUUUCAAGCCCCUAAUGAGUCUCUUGCAACAGAAAAUAUCUCAACGAAGACCUUGCGGUUGACAAAAUCCCCAUUCCCCCGGUCCCCAGUUCUCCCUGAGUCUCAGACUGAUCUUUUGAACUUUGACGCUUUACCCCCGUACCCUCAUGCUCCUCUUUACCUGCCGAUUCCUGCUCCUUCCCCUUCGCUACCCCCAUCCGCUCCGGCCAGCCCACCAGAACCGGAAACGCCGUCCAGUGCGACAUCCACGUCACCUAGUCCCUUGGCGGUGCCCCCUCCUUCCCCGGAGGGACCUGCCAAGGGAACUCGGAGUAGGAGGGCUCACAAUCUCGAAGACGUGGCUGUCACAUUGCCAUUAAGACCUGUGGGCUCUCUACUAGACGGAGAAGGGGGAGGGAUGCAGAUUUUACAAUAUUGGCCAUUCUCCUCGUCUGAUCUUUAUAACUGGAAAAAUAAUAACCCUCCCUUUUCAGAGGAUCCAACUCGUUUGACAGGUUUGGUCGAGUCACUGAUGUUCUCCCAUCAGCCAACCUGGGAUGAUUGUCAGCAGUUGUUGAACACCCUCUUCACCACUGAGGAACGGGACAGGAUACUCUUAGAAGCCAGGAAGAAUGUUCCUGGGCAGGAUGGGAGACCUACGCAGCUGCAAAAUAUUAUCGAUGACUCAUUUCCCUUGCGCCGACCUGAUUGGGACCCCAACACGCGAGAAGGUAGGGAGCAUCUGUCCAUCUAUCGCCAGUCUCUAGUGGCCAGGCUUCGGGCUGCUGCCCGAAAGCCCACCAAUUUGGCCAAGGUAAGAGAGGUAAUCCAGGGACCUACUGAAACACCUUCUAUGUUUUUAGAAAGACUAAUGGAAGCCUAUCGCAGGUACACACCCUUCGACCCUCAGUCAGAAGGGCAGCGAGGUUCAAUGUCCAUGGCCUUCAUCGGCCAGUCGGCCCCGGAUAUUCGCCACAAAUUGCAACGAUUGGAGGGGCUGCAGGAUCUCACCUUGCGAGAUUUAGUCAAGGAAGCUGAUAAGGUGUUUUACAAAAGGGAAACGGAGGAAGAAAAAGAGCAGCGAAGAGAGAGAGAAAGGGAGGAACAAGAUAGAAAAAGGGAGACCGAAAAAGAAGAAAGGGAAAGAGCACGAGACAAGAGGCGGAAUCGAGACCUAGCCAGAAUUUUAGCCACUGUAGUGGACAGUGGGGGAAGCAAAAGGGCUGGUAGACCAGGCCAACGACGCCGCCCACCUUUGGACUCCGACCAGUGUGCCUAUUGUAAGGAUAAGGGACACUGGAUGAGGGACUGUCCUAAGAAAAAGGCUGCUCAGCUCAAGGCGCCGUCUGCGCCAGCGGUCCUAGCCUUGGAAGAAGAUGACUAGGGGCGACGGGGCUCGGACCCCCUCCCCGAGCUCAGGGUAAACUUUAACGUGGAGGGGACUCCCAUCAAUUUUGAAAUAGAUACCGGAGCCACCUAUUCCGUUCUGCAGAAACCUUUGGGUCCAUUAUCUAACAAAAGGUCAUUAGUACAGGGAGCUAAUGGUAGUCAGUAUCGGGCAUGGACCACGAAACGAACUAUGGAUCUGGGAAAAGGAAAAGUUCAGCACUCAUUCUUGGUGAUUCCUAACUGCCCGGCUCCUCUGAUGGGAAGAGACUUGCUUACCAAAUUAAAGGCUAGAAUAACCUUUGAGCCGGCUGGCCCUCGGGUAGAAUUCUUAAAUUCUUUAGUAAAAACACCAAUGACUACUGUGCUCACCAUGUCAGUAGAGGAUGAGUAUCGUCUCCAUGAAAAAUCAGGAGGGACACAGGAAUCAAAAAUUCAGCUCUGGCUCACUGCUUAUCCCCAUUCUUGGGCCGAAACAGCAGGAUUGGGGUUGGCUGUGUGCCAGCCUCCAGUGGUUGUCACUUUAAAAGCCAGUGCAGUUCCUGUUCGGGUUAGGCAAUACCCCAUGAGUAAAAAAGCUCAAGAAGGAAUUCGCCCACAUAUCAAAAGACUUUUGGCUCUAGGAGUUCUAAAGCCUUGUCAUUCGGCUUGGAAUACGCCACUACUGCCGGUCCAGAAGCCAGGGACGCGAGAUUACCGCCCAGUACAGGACUUAAGAGAGGUUAACAGCAGGGUCCAGGACAUCCACCCAACUGUGCCUAACCCCUACAACUUGCUGAGCACCCUCAGCCCUGAGCGCACCUGGUACUCUGUGUUGGAUUUAAAGGAUGCUUUCUUUUGCUUGCAACUACAUACAGAUAGUCAACUGCUGUUUGCCUUUGAGUGGUCAGACCCCGAAGAGGGGAUAUCGGGGCAGCUGACUUGGACUCGGUUGCCACAAGGCUUCAAAAAUUCACCCACCAUCUUCGAUGAGGCCCUCCACCAGGACCUAAGCCACUUUCGAAUAGAUCAUCCUGAGGUGACGUUGCUACAGUAUGUGGAUGACCUGCUGUUGGCCACCGCAACACAAGAACAGUGUGAGUACGGCACCCGAUCUCUGUUGCAGGAAUUGGCUCGACUGGGGUAUCGGGCCUCUGCAAAGAAGGCUCAAUUGUGCCAGAGGGAAGUUACUUUUUUGGGGUACACCCUUAAAGACGGGAAGCGCUGGUUAACAGAGGCGCGCAAAAAGACUGUAACUCAAAUUCCUGUCCCUACGACUCGAAAACAGCUCCGAGAGUUUUUGGGGACGGCCGGUUUCUGCAGGCUCUGGAUACCGGGGUUUGCUUCAAUGGCCUCCCCACUUUACCCCUUGCUUAAAGGGAAUGAGGACUUUGUGUGGGGACAGGAACAACAACAAGCUUUUGAUGAUAUCAAGCAGGCCUUGCUCUCGGCACCCGCUCUAGCCUUACCGAACGUUGAGAAACCGUUCACUCUGUAUAUUGAGGAACGCAAAGGGGUGGCUAGGGGAGUCCUUACCCAGACCUUGGGGCCGUGGAAACGACCCGUGGCCUAUCUAUCUAAACGCCUGGACUCUGUAGCCAGUGGAUGGCCCCGAUGCCUGAGAGCCAUUGCAGCAGCAGCCCUGCUAACUAAAGAUGCGGACAAACUGACUUUGGGACAAAAACUGACCAUCAUAGCUCCGCACUCAUUAGAGAGUAUUAUAAGACAACCGCCUGAUAGAUGGCUCUCGAAUGCUCGUAUCACCCACUAUCAGAGCAUUCUAUUGGAUAAAGAUAGGGUUACUUUUGGCCCCCCGACUGUUUUAAAUCCUGCCACCUUGCUCCCGGAUGAAACCGCCGAUCCAGUCCUUCAUACCUGCCAAGACAUCCUGGCCGAGGAAGCCGGAAUCCGCCGGGACCUGACGGAUCAGCCACUACCCAACCCGGAGGUAACGUGGUUUACGGACGGGAGCAGCUUCCUGCUGAACGGUAAGCGACGGGCUGGGGCAGCAGUAGUCAGUGCCACGGACACUAUUUGGACAGCCAGUCUGCCGGAGGGAACCUCGGCCCAGAAAGCCGAGCUGAUUGCACUGACAAGAGCACUGGAGUUGGCAAAAGGAAAGAGAGCAAAUAUCUACACUGAUAGCCGCUAUGCCUUUGCCACGGCCCAUGUACAUGGGGCUAUCUACCAACAAAGGGGGCUGUUAACCUCGGCGGGAAAGGAGAUAAAACAUAAAGCAGAGAUCCUCCGCCUCUUGGCAGCCGUCUUACUGCCCUCCAAGCUGGCAAUAGUACAUUGCCCGAGCCAUCAAAAGGGGACUGAUCCAGUAAUCGUGGGUAAUCGGAGGGCGGAUGAGGAGGCAAGAGCAGCCGCUCUGCGGGAUCCCGAGGCCAGUGUUCUCAUAAUAGAAGAGGGAGACCACCUUACACCAAAACAAGGGGAGAAAACGCCAGAACUGCAGGCUGUUUCCUAUCUACAGCAAGUCCAUCAGUUCACUCACCUAGGAGCACAAAAACUACAAAGCCUACUAAGAGAUCAGCCUUUCUCUCUAUCUCCAUCUGACAAUAAGCGUCUAGCAGAACAAGUUGCUAAAAAUUGUAAAGCUUGCCAAGCUGUUAAUGCUCAUCCAACUCGACUGCCGGAUGGGAAGAGACUAAGGGGUGAUAGACCAGGACAAUUUUGGGAGGUGGACUUUACCGAAAUUAAACCGGCCAGAUGUGGUUACCGUUAUUUGCUAGUCUUUGUUGAUACCUUUUCGGGAUGGGUAGAAGCCUUCCCUACCCGCAGAGAGACUGCACUGGUGGUAGCUAAAAAGAUCCUGGAAGACAUUUUUCCACGAUUUGGACUGCCUCAGGUAAUCGGGUCCGAUAACGGACCGGCGUUCGUGGCCCAGGUAAGUCAGGGGUUAGCUAAGAUUUUGGGAAUAACAUGGAAGUUACAUUGUGCAUACAGGCCCCAAAGCUCAGGACAAGUAGAAAGAAUGAAUAGAACAAUUAAAGAAACCUUAACUAAAAUGGCUAUGGAGACUGGUUUAAAGGAUUGGACUAUGCUCCUACCUUAUGCUUUGUUUAGGGCUAGAAACACUCCUUCCUCUACUAUGUUUAAUCUUACUCCCUUUGAAAUAUUGUAUGGUGCCCCACCUCCUGUUAGAAGCUUUGCGUCUGCAAUAGACACCCAAUCUCUACCUUCUACCCCCCUAAUUGUUAGAUUAAAGGCCUUGGAAGACAUCCAGAAAUUCGUCUGGCGACAGCUCUCCACCAACUAUCGGCAGGAGGAAGUGUCGAUGCCACACCAGUACCAGGUUGGAGACUCUGUCUACGUGAAAAGACAUCGCGCUGACAGUCUGGAACCGCGUUGGAAAGGUCCCUAUGUGAUACUGCUUACAACACCGACAGCUGUAAAGGUAGACGGCAUCACUAACUGGAUCCAUGCGUCCCAUCUCAAACCUGCACCUGCGCCAGGGCCCGAAUGGAGGCUCGAAAAGACUGACAACCCAUUUAAACUUCGGAUUCGUCGUGUGGGUGGUGGGAAUGGGGGUCCUACCCCUAGCUUGUAG